GGUGGAAUUAUUGUUAAGACAGUGAGAAGAACCCUGCUCUGACUGUCUGUCUGACUGUCUGUCUGUCUGUCUGCUGCUGCUGCGGGUCUGCGGUGUUUGCAGCUGCACAGCCGGGAUCUGACUCCCCGUCCCUGUCCCUCCGCUCUCACAGCAGCGUCCAUCACCUCAAGUAAGGCCGGUACAUCUCCACCCCCCCACGCCGCUGAGAUGGCUCCCACACUGGCCACAGCUUUCUCCCGCCGCUGGUGGAUGGCGGUGACGGCGGUCAUUGAGAACCUGCUCUUCUCCGCCGUGUUGCUCGGCUGGGGAUCCCUGCUCAUCAUGCUCAAAUCUGAGGGCUUCUACUCGUACAUGUGCUCAGGUCCAGACAACAGCUCCGGCUUCUCCAACACAUCCACUUCUAAAAAUACCAGCACAGACGAGUACCUGGAGAUGAAUGGCUGGCCCAUCUGCAAGGACCAGGAUGAGAUGCUGAACCUGGCCUUCACCGUGGGCUCCUUCUUGCUGUCGGCCAUAACUCUGCCCAUGGGCAUCAUCAUGGACAAGUAUGGACCACGCAAGCUGAGACUUGUGGGCAGUGCUUGCUUUGCCUCUUCCUGCCUCCUCAUUGCCUAUGGAGCCACAGAUCCCAACAAUCUGUCCAUACUGAUCUUCUUCACCUUGGCUAUGAAUGGGUUUGGGGGCAUGUGUAUGACCUUCACUUCUCUGACGCUUCCCAACAUGUUUGGAGACCUGAGGUCGACCUUCAUCGCCUUGAUGAUCGGAUCCUACGCUUCCUCUGCCGUAACCUUCCCUGGCAUUAAGGUGAUCUAUGAUCUUGGUGCCCCCUUCAUCUCCAUUCUGCUGGUUUGGGCCGGCUGUGCCUGCCUCGUCUUCCUCAAUUGUUUCAUCAACUGGCCCCUGGAGCCCUUUCCUGGCCCAGAGGACAUGGAUUUCACGGUGAAGAUCAAGUUCAGCUGGCUGGGCUUUGACCACAAGAUCACAGGGAAGCAGUUUUAUCGGCAGGUGACCACGGUGGGGCGCCGCCUCAGUGUUGGCAAUGCCAUCAAGCAACCAAACCAGGGGGACACAGACCUGGCCACACAGGAUGCCAACAAGCUGUGCCUGUCCACUGCCGACCUGGAGGUGAAGUGCAAGUCCCAAGAGCAAACUCAGUCCUUCAUGAAGAGCAUCCUCAGUCCCAUCUUCCUGCUGAGCCUCAUCACCAUGUGUGUGACCCAACUGCGUCUCAUCUUCUACAUGGGAGCCAUGAACACGAUCCUGGAGUCCUUGACGGACGGAGACCUUAGCAAAGUGGAGGUGAUGCAAAUUGUGAGCGUUUACACGUCCAUCUUUGGCGUACUCCAGCUUUUAUGUCUGGUCACCUCUCCCGUGAUCGGCUACGUCAUGGAUUGGAGACUCAAAGAUUGCGAGGACGAGAAUGACAAGAGUGCCAAGAGGGAGCCUGGUCAGCCUCGUCGUCCUGACAAACAGAUCCAGAAGAUCGUCAACGCCACCAGAGCCUUCAUUUUCACCAACCUGCUCCUUGUUGGCUUUGGAGUCACCUGCAUUGUCCCCAACCUGCCACUGCAGAUUCUGUCGUUUGUCUUGCACACGAUCGUCAGAGGCUUCAUCCACUCUGCAGUUGGAGGCCUCUAUGCUGCUGUGUACCCGUCUUCUCAGUUUGGCAGCCUCACUGGCAUGCAGUCUCUGAUCAGUGCUCUGUUCGCCCUGCUCCAGCAGCCUCUCUUCAUGUCCAUGGUGGGGCCUCUGGAAGGAGACCCUCUCUGGGUGAACGUGGGCUUGUUGGUGCUGAGCAUGCUUGGAUUCUGCCUGCCCUUCUAUCUGCUGUGCCACAGCCGUCACCUCCAGCGCCUCAGAGACGAGCGCGACGACGACCCCAAGAUCUACGUCAAGAUCAACAACGGCGACAAGUCCGAGGCCUGUGUCUAGACUGGGAGAGAAAAAAAUUGGCGAGUUCCUAAAAACCAAAAAAGAGAAACGAAGAAAGGGAGGUGGCGGUCACUGCCUGGGUGACACUCAUAAUGGAUACAUCCACUUUGUCCAGCUGCGCACACAAACAAACACACUUACACACACUCUCCAUCACACUGUCAUUUUGCCAAACAUGACUGCACACCACUGUGACACAGUUCCACCCUCCCACGUCUGUUGAUUAUACACUGUGGGAAACCUGACACAAACAUGCUGUACACAUACAGACAGCACAUGCACAUCACCCCCACCCCUGAGAUGUGUGUGUGUGUGUGUGUGUGUGUGUCCUCACCCCUCCCCUCGACUGCAUCUCAGACAUAAGGAGAAAACAGACUCAUGGUAGAAAGAAGAAGCGGAAGAAGCAUCUUUGGACCUUUUUUUUUAAGUUCUGCCAAAAUUACUCUCCUUCUUCUAGUCACUCUUGACUUUUUUUAAUUUUUCUGUUCUGUUACAUUGUCAUGAUUGACUCCACUAGCCUCUGCCAUUCACUCAGAAGAAAACCUCAGCCAUGGGGGAAGAGAGGAACCCUUUGCGAUAAAUUCUCAGUGACAGUGUUUAAGCUUUUACAACGCCCCAACUUAAUGACACUGCAAAAGCUGGUGAAAAUGUGCGGGAUACCAAGACGACCUUUGCUUUCUGGCCGAUCAUGGAUCUUUUUUAAACAACAUUAAUGGAGCUGCUCGGUGCUUUUUUAUGUGUAAGGACUUAAAAGUGCAGUUGGCAGGAUUUAUGUUGGGGUGAUUGAAAAACAAUGUCAUAAUAACCUUUCUGCAAAAUGUAAAUCAAGUGAUCUGAGAGAGAGAAUGGCUCCUCCAGCUCCUCCUCUGGACUUUAUACUGGUCCAUUUGAUGGAAUUAUUGUUACUUUAGUGGCAACAACAACUUCCUACUCUGCAAAGAAACCCUAAAAUUAGGAAAGAGUGUAUGACAGAGCUCAUCUGAUGAGAGCAGCUGCAGACAGAGAGCUGUGAUCCUCAAACAUAAGUAUUUAAUAAUAAAACCCUAUGGGUUAACACUCAACUAUUUAACUGGAAAUCCUGCCGACUGCAGCUUUUAUCCUAAUAGAGAGAAAAAGUACACACACACACACACACACCAUGCCCACAUGGUGUCUCCACCUCCCCUCAUGACCAAGGGCAUUAACAGAAUUCACAGACAGCAGUAUUGGUAGCAGUUCAGACUAAGAGCACAUCAGGCAGAAAGAAGCAUGAGUAAAAACAGCGACAUCUCUGUCUGAAGUUUGAUAAACUACACUGCAUGACGUCAGUGAUGAACCUUUGUUACUAUUUCACUCAGUCACCAGUGCAGGAAAACACAUACAUUGCUGUGUUGGCCUACUUUUUCUUUUUUUUUUAAGUCAUGAAUUCCUUAUGUAUGUUUGGAAAAUGUACGUUUUUGUUGUUGUUUUUCAAUCGUAUUUAUUGUGAUAUGAUCGCAAAUGUACCCUCUUUUUUUUCCUCCCUGUACGUGAUCUGAAUAUGUGGAGGAGGAAGUCGUUGUAGAGUGUGUGGACCGAAUGAAGACGUUAGAUGGAGUGUGUUUUUAAAGGUUGGCAUAGCGUAAAGAGGUGGAGCUUGCGUUGUUCUGCUCGCUACACAAGUUUGGAGUUUUGAUUUGUAGCAAUAAGAGCUUCUGUGAGGUGCUGGGCAACGCGCUAACACAAUCUCACACACACACACACACACACACACGGACAGACAGGCUAAUAUGCGUACAUUUUAUGAUCUGUAUCACUAAAUCACAAAAGGUGCUACAAUGAAUUAUAUGUUGUGUGUAUUUCACUUUUAGGGUCCAGUGUGUAACAGUUAAUGACAUCUAAUGGCGAGACUCCUCCUCUGACCUUUUCUCAAGUAUGUCAGGGAACUACGGUGGCCUUCAUAUACCAGAAGGGACAAAAACUCUCUCCACUCUGCUUUCUUCUUUUUUGUUUUAUGCAUCGGGUUUAUGUGGGCAGAGCCGUUCUUCUGCUUAAAAACAUGAAACGCACAAUUUGGCUCGUCUGUCCGUUGGAGUUGCAGUAGAAACCUCCGUGAAGCAAGGCCUGAUGUACCUGAUGUAUAAAAACAGCCUUUUUAUGGCUAUGAAAAACCAAACCUUUUUUUAUUCACAAUUAUUCACUUAUACAAACGUAUUUCUGGGCUGCAUAUAUUUCAUUUCCACCAAUAACUUUCCUAAAUGUUACACACUGGACCUUUAAGAGUCAGUUGAUGUUGUUUUUAGCAUAAGGCAACAACUUGCCAUCAAUUUAUUAAGUGGAUUGCAGUGGAUUUCCAUUGAACCAAUCAGUUUAUUUACGAUUCUUUACUAUUUAGUUCUUUGUUUCUUACAGAGUCUGUGGUAAUUCUGCACCAUAGGUGCAUCCACAGCAGCAGCAUCUCUGGGAGACUUGAAUUCACAUAAAGGGACAUUGGUUUUGAUGGUCUGAGACUGACAACGACACAAUCCUUCAGCUUCUGAGAGAACCAGAGCGUGAUGAGACAACACAGACACUAAAUAGUCUUUUAUCUUUCAAACAAAACAUUCUCAGCCUGGUAGAGGCCUUGGCACAGAGGCACAUCCAAAGACAGCCAUGACCCUCAUUAGAGUGCCUCUUUACAUGUGCAGAAGCUGGAAGGAGUAGGUUCAGGCAGGAUGUCACACAGUCCAUCUCUCCCUCCAUCCAUUUAUUUCACCCAUCCAUCAGACAGAGCUGAGAGACAAGCCUCUGCUGCCGUCAGAGGCCGAGGUGAAUGACUAGAAACGAAUGGCACGUGAUGCACUUUAGAUCUCUACAAUGGACCUCAGUGUAUUUCUGAAUGGCCUGUGCUCCAAUGUAAACGCACACAAGGUGCAUGACUGCUAACUAGUGGUGCAUGAUGAAAAGAAUGUAUACUUAGAGCUACAGAUGUUGACUUAUUCAGAACAUGAAAACACAGAAAGAUGCUGUUAUUUUUUUAUACUCAGAAAAACCUAUUGCUUCACAUUAUAUUGCUUUUAUGUGCGUGGACUGUGGGCGGCAGAGUCUUGUCUCUCAGUUCGAUGAACAUGGACACACCUCAUCCCAACUGCAGACACACAUCGACCCCACUAAACUGCAUGAGUCAGAUUACUUAAGCGUCAGAGAGAAGCACAUGGAGUCGAAUUAGUGCAGGGAAGGAACUUGCAAAAAAAGAGAAAGAUUUACAUUUGUAAUACAGUAAAUUCAUCCGUGCAUGUCAAACUGAUUGUUGUCAGGUGCUUUGGUCACUGAAAUCAUGUGGAAGAAAGCAAUGAAUCUUCACACAAUGCCAGCACAACAACGUUCAUUUAACACUCUCAGAUAUUAAGCAGGAAUUCAUCAGAUUCUUCUGUAAUUGUAUGAUUUCUUCAGUUAUGUGUGUUUAUUUGUCAGCAGGAGAGCGCAGAAAGAGGUGAACUGAGGGCUGCAUUAUGUGAAAAUGAUUACUGUCUCCAUAGUCUGUCAUUGGUUUCUUUGUUGAAAUGCUCUCCACGUCCUGAUAGCCAUCGAUAAUGAAGCCUGGAAAGAUGCUCUCUGCUCCACUCUGCUUUAGGCAGUGUGUGUUGUGGGUUUUGAAGGCGGAGCUUCGAGGAGAGGGUGUGGGAUGAAGUGUCGCCUGUUUUUUCAACAGAUUUCUUACUUGAUUUAGUGAUGGCUGUGUGUGCAGGGAGAGCAUCUCAACAAGCAACACCGUAGCAGUCAUGGCACUAAUUUAACUCCAUAUGGGCGUCUCUGGGCUGUGUCCUGAAACUUUAAACUUACGUUAGUGUCUGAUGACAUGCUAAUAGUAGACAGGUAAAGUACAGAUAUAGUGUGAUCCAGUGUAUUGUAAUGUGGGUGAACUGUCAUCAAUGCCAUCACGUUCCACUUUUAAACCCCGUCCUCCUUGGAUUGAGACUCUGCGUUACAAUAGCUUGACUUACUGAUUGAUGUAUUGAUGAAAUGUUCAUCGUCUGAACAUGAAUCCUAGUGUCAGCGUUUGCUUGCGAUUUGCAGUUUUAUGGUUUUGUGUGAUGACAGGAAAUGGGAAUUUUACCUGAACACUGAUGCCUUGUUUCCCUCCUGGCAUGAACUGUAUGCGUUUUGUAUUUCUUUCCCCAUGUACCACUUUUGGUUGAGUUUCUUUCAUUCUAUUUGUUUUUCACUCAUGUUUAUGAGAAUGUUAUCUUCAUGGUCUUAUAUUGUAUAUUUGGUUCUGUUACUGUACCUUAGUAUAGCCAUUGCCACUGACAUUUCAAGUCAUGUUGUCUCACCUGAAAAA